AUGGCUUCCGAAACUCUUCUUUGUCUCCCAAUCAUCGAUUUUUCGAACCAAAACCUGAAACCGGGAGAGCCCGAAUGGGACUUAACAAGGGCUCAUGUCCUGAAAGCUCUACAAGAUUAUGGUUGUUUUGAGGCUUCUUUCGAUGAAGUCCCUUUCGAGCUGCGAAAAUCGAUGUUCGAGGCCAUAGAAGAGCUUUUCGACUUACCUUUAGAGACCAAACAGGGAAACAAGUCCCAAAAACCGUUCCAUGGAUAUUUGGGUCAACAUCCAACGGUGCCACUGUACGAGAGCAUGGGGAUUGAUGAUGCUGAUGUUGCAGCUAAGGUCAACGCCUUUACUGAAAAGCAAUGGCCUCAAGGCAACAAGAGUUUCAGCACAACGAUCCAGUCUUUCUCUGAGAAGUUAUCAGUUCUAGCCAUAACUGUGAGAAGAAUGAUCAUGGAGAGCUUCGGACUCUUGAAAUACAUGGAUGAACAUCUUAAUUCCACGAAUUACCUCCUGAGAGUGAUGAAAUACCAAGGACCUGGUACAGAGGAGCCCAAGUUGGGGCUACCCGCUCAUAUGGAUUCAAGCAUGCUCACUAUACUUUACCAAAACCAUGUUCAUGGCCUAGAGGUACAAACAAAAGACAAGAACUGGACCAAAGUGAAGCCAUUACAAGAUUCUUUCAUCGUUCUGAUCGGAGUUUCUUUCUAUGCAUCGCUGAAUGGUCGGUUACACCCUCCUAAUCACCGUGUCAUGAUGACAGGAACAACCACGAGAUACUCACUCGCAUUACUCUCGGUUCCAAAAGUAGGACAUCUCUUGAGUUCACCAGAUGAGCUCGUCAACGAAGAGCAUCCACGACUCUAUAAGCCCUAUGAGUUUUACGAAUUCCUUACCUUUUUCAACAGAGAUCCAUCACAGAAUUCUCUAUCUGCUCUCCAUACUUACUGUGGAAUGUGA